CACAUUGCAGAUAGAACUUUGUCCAGCAUAUGGCAUCUGAGACUGCAGAAAGCAGUUAAAGGUCAGCUAGAAGCUCUGCUAAGAGCUUAAAGAAAAUUUUGCAUGUUUUUUGAUGUAAACUGAUUCUCUUUAAAGUUCAUUUUAGAGAAGCUAUAUACACUUCUCACAGGUUUUUGGAAGAAAAUGGUGGUACCAGCCUAAGUCUACUAAAAUAUCAAGUUCUGCAAGCACAAAAGCAGGAGUUGCUCUCUGCUAGUAGCUGCGUUUGUCCGUAUGAUCAACAGCCAUUUUGCAAAGUUGUAAUCUCACUUCCCUAAAUGACGACUGUAAAAACAGAACUCUACUUAAAGUCCUGUGUGUGUGCAGCUGCAGUGACAGCGAAGGUGGAGAACCUCCUUCUUUCCACUACCUGCUCUGGAAACCCUAACAGCCUAUUGGGGGCAACGCAGCCCAAUACAGCAUGAGCACGCCUUCCUGAGCACACCAGUUACACCAGAUGAAACUGCUGUAAGGAAGUUAAAGAAACAUUUUCUAAAACUGGGAAGCUUUUUUAGAAGAAGAUGGAGAACCCACUUCUUUUAUUCCCCCAGCUAAACAUUUCUGCUUCGAAGGAUAAAUCCUAUUACAAAGUCACGAAGUCAGCAGUUAAGGAAGAGCCAAAUAAAGCAAGCAAGGCUGGAGCAAAGCAGAAGAGAAAUAGGCUGAGCCUUCUCCUGCAGAGAUCUGAAUACCACGAAGGUGAACAUCUUGGUAAACCUGGAAACUUGACAAAAGCAUCAAGUGUGUCUCCCGAAGAAGCAGUGAAAUGGGGUGAAUCUUUUGACAAAUUGCUUUCCCAGAAAGCUGGACUGGAUGCCUUUACAAACUUUCUGAAAACUGAGUUCAGCGAGGAGAACAUCGAGUUCUGGAUAGCUUGCGAGGAUUACAAGAAAAGCAAAACUACACAUGAACUUUUCCCAAAAGCUAAGACCAUUUAUGAAACAUUCAUACAAAAAGAUGCUCCAAAAGAGGUGAAUUUGGACUUCCAAACCAAAGAAGUUACAAGUCAGAAUAUUGAACAGCCCGUCAUCACCACCUUUGAUGCAGCACAAAACAUAGUCUACAGGCUGAUGGAGCAAGACAGCUAUCCGCGUUUCCUAAGAUCUGAUCCUUAUUUAAAUUUGGUUAAGGGAAGAAAUCCCAGUCGUCCCACUCUUAGGAGGAGGUCACGAUCUUUUACAGUCAAUGAUUUCCAGGGUGUGCGACCAGACUUUACUGUUUGGUAAUAGGAAACUCAACCCUUACAAAUUCUAGCUACUGCAAGCAAACUGUAUGUGUGUUCUAAAAUCCAAAUCGUUAGCUGGUGUAAAUAUGUAGAAAGCAAAAUUGCGUGCAUUUAUACCAGGUCACAGUUCUGUAGCCAGUGAGUAAUCUCAUUUAUUGUAGCUAAGUGGGUACUAUAUAUUGCCAAGACAUGUUGUGUGAACCUUUUGUACAGUAUUUUUUUUAAACUCAGUCAAGAGCUGUUAUCAUAUCUGAAUUCCAACAUGAAAAUAUUGUUUAAAAGGCCAUUUGAUAACAUCCAUCAUAUAUUCUGAGCCUGUAUUAUUUAAAACAGAGUUUCAUCACAAUUUGAAUCUAUAAACAUAGCCUUUGCACAUAACUUUGUUUUUGCAGUAUUUCCUACACUAAGCACAGAAUAUUUGUGGUAUUUCUCAUAUUGCAAAACACAUGGGAACAUUAGUUAGGUGAAAUGUAAAAAUUAUAUGGAUUUUAACUACAGCCACUGCAUAAUUAAAAUUUAGCUAUUGCAUAUUUUAAGAGAAUCAUAAGAAAGCCUAUUUAAUUUUAUAGGGAUACAUUUUAUACUGUUUUCUUAUUAUGUGUGUCUGUUCUCUCUAUUUAAAUUAUUCUGUAUAAAUUCGCUUUGUCAUCAAAUGUGUUCUAUUUUUUUGCAAGCAAACGAGCAGCAAUCAAGAACCAACAAUGCUAUUUUAACGCAAUGUGUGUUAAUAUGAAGUAAUGUAUAUAUAUAAAUAUUUUUACUUUUAUUUGUAAAUAUUCAUGUUGUACCAGCUUUGUUACUUAACUUUGUUCUAAAUUUUUUUUGCCUUUUAUUUUGAAAAAGAGUCUGAAAAUUAACAGCUCUUGGACUAAGUAGAAUAACGUUCAGUUCUACCUGUCAUUAAUGUACUCUGUGGGUAUAGAGGAGGAAGGAAGAAUCCCCCAUUUUAUUUGUUUAAAGUAAUGCAUAUCAUUUUCGUAGCAAGCAUAUGCAACCACCCUGUCCUUUUCUUUCAGGAUUGAUGCAGACAUAUUUAGAAACAUGGGGAAAUUCUUAAAAUCUUAAACAUUGGUUCUGUUCAGCAACUAAGUGACUGCAGGCUUUAGUUGGAACUGUGACUUGUAUAUUCAGUCACCUUGCAUAGAAUUUAAGCUUUCUCCCUUUUCUUUCUCUUCCACUAAGUGGUCAAAGUGAUGAGGUGCAGCUCAUCAUGAAUUUUAUGCUCAUUACUAAUUCAGAGUAUAUAUGAACUGCUUGUUCUGAGGACUUCAGUGUCUGCUUUACUAACUUUCAAUAAAUCUGAAGUGAUCUACUUAAAAAGUUGUCAGGAUUCAGUUUAUCACUAUUACGUUGAUUAAAAACAACAACAACAACAACAACAAAACAUGGAGGCUUCACUUCACUUAUAAUUAAAUAGUAGCUGUAAUCAAUAACAUUUCAAUCAAAAGUGGUAAGCAAAGCACAGAGAUGCAGAACUCCAGGGGAUGCUGCCAAGUGGCAAUGACCUGGGAUCAGUGUUCUUCAAGCUCUUCAUUUUACCUGUGAAAUAGAUAGAAAACAUUUGCAGUUGAGGAGUGUGAUCCUUCCUGAUUUAUUCCAUUACUCUUCUCUAACCCCAAAACUCUGGGCAGAAGUUUCACAUGAGUGAAUGCUGCAGUCACUAUUUCUAAGACUGUAAAUGGUCAGAAACUGGGCACGGUGAUUCGGAAAUAAACUGAAUGUUUUUAGUAGGUUGAUAUUGUACUUCAGUCACCCUUAUCAAUAUAAAGUGCAGCUUUGGAGCUUGUCAGCCUCCAUUUUUAAAGAAUCGUCAACAUUCCUGUUGUCCUUGUUACAGGUGUCACAUGAAGGAGAGAAUGCAGUGAAAUGCAACUUUCUAACCCAAUUUCACUGCUGAAGUCAGUGUAUUUGUCUAGAUAGUCAAUUUACCCUUGCUCUUUGACUGCGUCUCCCUUAAACAUGAAUCAAUUCUCCCCAGAAUCCUGCUUUUAAUUAAGGAAUCUCUAAUAUCACCAGCAAUGGUGCCAGAGUUCUCAGGUAUUUAAAAUAUGCAUUUUCUUAUGAUUUGCAUUACUAACUUUGUUUGACAUAGAGAACAGACCACCUCAAGGAAUUCCAUUCUUUGUGGUAUAAUCAAAUUGUUCAAACCCUUAAAAAGGAGUAGCUAUUACCCUAUUUGGGUAUUAUUCAUAUCAACAACUCACUCUGAGUCCUUUUUCUGCAAACAUGUAGAGAAGACUGUCAUUUUUUUCCUCAUUUGUUUGCAUGUCCAGCUCCUCACACACGUUCAGCUCUUGGCCCUAAGGUUUUGACGCCUGAAGACGGUCUGGGAAAUUUAACUUCACAAUUGCCUAAACCUUUACAUGCUGCCUAUCCCCUUCUUGCCUUGUGCAUCGCUACGCAGCCAUCCUUUACUGUAGGUCUCACUAUUUUUGCCCAACGAGUCUUGCAUGGUGUCUGUCUACAAGCAACCCUCCUUUUCUCCCCCCACACUAAGCUAUGUAUGAAGCCAAUUAAACAGCUAAAUUAACUGUUGCUCGCAAUAUGUAGCUCUGUGCACUAAAACUGAGUAGCCUUUACUGCACCCUAAAUGUUCUUUUGUGUGCUCACCUAUCUGAAUGAUAUCCUGCCAAAUGCCUCACUUGGUAGUUCACUUGGGAGGUAGCAGUGGGUCUGUUACAACACAGGAAUAAGACCUACAUGUUUGCAGCUAGAUUCUCAACCGGUGUGAUUAUGUUCCUCCAUACCAGCUAAGAAUCUGGACAUUUACCAUGGAUUAAAUAAAUU